UAAAUGGGGAAGAACGUUUAUGCCGGCCCCACUAUUGCCUCCCCCGCCAUCCUAACUUUGAGUUCGCUCCUGCGCCACUGCGCUAUGAUUUUUUUCUCAGGAGCAUUCGUCAGAUCUAUUUUGGAAAAACAGCUUUAAAUAGUAGUAAACAUCUGUCGUGUUAUGUUAGAUGGCACUAUUUUAAGCCUUAAACAUAUACCACUUAUAUUUAAACACACAAAUAUUGAUUUCACGUUUGUGCAUAUACAUUUAAAGUUAUUUUUCAUAAUUCGAAAUAUGAAUGUGGGUUUACUGUAUCUUUUAGAUCGCAUGGAGAAUUACUGCAACGAUGAAUUUAGUUUCCUUUGGAAGUCUGAAUACCAAGUUAGGCUUGAACUUAAUGCCUACAAAAUUUACGAAACCAAAGGAGACAACUACCCAUAUGACAAAGUAGGAUAUUGUGUUACCACUUUCGAGGCUUGGUUGACACGCUAUCCAAAAUUUAUGUUCUAUUUCGAAGAUUUAAACCUCGACUGCAACAAAGGCCAUCUUGAGUUUUACAUUGGGGACUUUUCUGACACAAGAGUAAAAGGCUUGGAGACAGACAUAUGUGGGGCUGAUAAACCACAGGGUGUAUAUACAGUAGACGAACGAUAUUUCCGCAUAAAAUACUUUCCUAAAAGGAGCCACUACAGCAGUGAUAUAUUUUCUAUCAUCAUCACAACUUAUGGUCCUGAAGGUACAUGUCCAAGCUAUGCGCACGUAUGUGCCAACUCACGAUGUAUAGACGACAAUCUCGUAUGCAAUGGCAAUAAAUCCUGUGGUGACAAUUCGGGUUGUGAGUUAAGCACGGGUGCAAUCGUCGGUAUAGUGAUAGGAAGUCUCGUUGGGUUAGCUUUACUUGUCAGUGUAGUGGUCUGGUGUAUUUAUAGCUCGAUACGUAGUGGAAACACUUUCGGACCAGCGCAGAGCACGCCGGUAACAUAUUCAGGUUAUACUCCACAAGUAUGCAACCAACCGAUGUAUGGGGUAAACCAGGGAUCACCUUACAACCCCAGGCAAUCUCCAUACCCUCUUGCCACAGCACCAAGCAGUGCUACUACUGAUCCAAGCCAACAAGGGAUCAUUCGCCCAGUUUACGAUAUUAAUGAAGGCACGAACUAUCACAACGACCAGACACAUACUUUAUUAUGAAAUUCAGAGACAACCGAACAACAACCAGACGGGAACAAAUAUAACGAUCCUCCACCACAAUACAGUGAACUCUUUGCAAAUUCUGACCAAAGCAAACACCAACCUUAGGAAUACUACAGUGUAAUUAUAAGCAUAUGCUUUGCAUUGGAAACGUUUGCACAAGUGUAUUCCUUUCGACGGGAUGGAAAAUAGAUAGCAUGGAAAAUUAUUGCAACGAUGAAUUUAGUUUCAUUUGGAAGACUGAAUACCAAGUUAGGCUUAAACUUAACGACAACAAUAUUUACGAAAAGAAGGAAAGCGUCUAUCCAUACAACAGACCACGAUAUUGUGAGACCACUUUUGAGGCCUGGAUUACACGCUAUCCAAAAUUCAUGUUCUAUUUCGAAGAGUUAGACCUCAACUGUGACAAAGGCCAUCUCGAGUUUUACAUUGGCAAGAGUACUGACACGAGACUGCCAGGCUUGGACGGAGAUAUAUGCGGAGCUUAUAAGCCGCAGGGUGUAUAUACAGUAGACAAAAGGUAUUUCCGCAUAAAAUACGUUCCUAAAAGGAGCCAGUACAUCAUAUGAUAUCUUUUCUAUUAUCAUCACAACUUAUGGACCUGAAGAUACAUGUCCAAGUUAUGCGCACGUAUGUGCCAACUCAAGAUGUAUAGAUGAUGAUCUCGUAUGCAACGGCAAUAACUCCUGCGGUGAUAAUUCGGGUUGUGACCUUAGCACGGCUGCAAUCGUCGGUAUAGUUAUAGGAGGUCUCGUUGGGUUAGCUUUACUUGUCAGUGUAGUGGUAUGCUGUAUUUGUUGCACGAGACGUAGUGGAAACACUCCCGGAACUGUGCAG